CCUGGCACUUGUGAAUGUUUUCAGCAGCAGGAUCUGUAGUUGCCAGGGGAGUGGACUGAAAGAAGUUCACUGUCUUUCAAAAAAAAGUGAGGAUUAUCUAUACUUAUUAAAAAAGUUUACUCGUUUCUAAAAAUGAGGGAACAGCAGGAGGCAGCAGUAAACACGAUGGGGUAUAGCCAGCACUAAUACCUGUAAGUAUUCUUUCAGUCAUGAGGCAACCCAGCAGGGUACUUUGGCCUCUGAGCUACCUAGUCCAUUCUGCAAAGAUCACAGAAUGUCUUUUUCUUGUGCAUAAUCCAUCAGGUUGAGAUAGUUGGGAUCUGCUGUGGGGUACUUACCUAGAGAAUUUACUGUUUCAGUUUGAUACUGUGUAUAUCUCCUGAAAGAGAUGAAAAAAGGACCAGAAGGUGGAACUUGGCCCCUUGCUGGAGUCCCAGGCAAGCUAGCAGAGUCAAACCCAGACAACAACAGGAGCAGUGGAGCCUCAUCAAAGGAGAAGGUCAUGCUUUCCUCUCCUGGAGAACUAGAAAAUGUGCAGUUGAAACCCAGCAGAGAAACACCCAGAAAAAAACUCUGUGGCUAUUUAAAUAAACUGGGCAUCAAGGGUCCAAUCAAGACUUGGAAGUCUCGCUGGUUCAUUUAUGAUGAAAAUAAAUGUCACUUACUGUACUACAGAACUGCACAGGAUGUGAACCCUUUGGGGUCUAUCGAUCUCUCCAGCGCCAGCUUUGACUGCAAGGUGGAAAAUGGUGAAGGGGUUUUUGAGAUCAGAACACCAAGCAGGGUUUUUACUUUGAAGGCAAUCAGCAAGCAGGCAAUGAUGUACUGGCUGCAGCAGCUACAAGUGAGACGUUGGGAAUUUUGCAAUGCUCAGAGCAGAUUUCCUGUGGGCAGCUCCCAGCUUGUGAAUGAAACUCUGGUUGACAGAACAAAUGUUGUCAGCACUGAGGACUUUAUGCCUCCAGUCAAAACACCAACAGAAGUGGUGGGUUUAAAGGCAGCCUCUUUGCCUGCACCCCAGACAUCUACUGCUUUGCAGAACAUCUCCCUGAAGCACCCUUGGACAGAGAUACAAAACACUGUCUACAAUAUGUGUGUCUCCAAGCAACCCCGGGGGAACAAUGGGAAUAUCUUUAAUUUCGGUGAAUUCCAGGAGCACCCUGAGAGCCUGGAUGAGGAGCAAGAGGCAGAAGUGGAGGCAGGGUGUGCAGUUAAGGAGGAGAUCCCGGAGGAUGGGAGGCUGGAGUCUAGGGUGAACUGGGUCAGGAAAGCCAAGUGGAUGAACAGUGGCUUCCUAGGCUUGGCUGAAGAGCUGUCCAGGGAGAGGAGCUCAAUGGAUAAAGUGAGUGUGCUACAGCAACAGAUCCUGACGCUCACGGAGGAAGUCAAGUCACAGAAGGAGCUGGUUAAACUUCUUCACAAAGCCCUGGAGGCAGCCCAGCAGGAGAAGCGAGUAUCUAGCAUGUAUCUCACUGCAGCAGAAGAUAAGGACAGACUGGAGCUGGUGCGCCACAAAGUGAGACAAAUUGCUGAUCUCUCCAGUCGCCUGGAAGCUCUUGAGAAGGAAAAGAAGGAACUUGAGCAGAUGCUUGCUCUGAGAGACAGCCACAUUCAGGAGCUCAAAGAGCACGUGCAGCAUCUGAUGGAGAAGAACCACGCCAAACAAGAAGUCAUCAUGGCCUUGACAGAGCAGAUGGCCCGAGAGCUCUCUGAUCCCCUGCAAGAAGCCAACACAAUCACUGCAGAGACGUUGUAUAAGCAGCAGGAGGAGAUUGAACAUCUGAAGGAUGAUAUUGAUGCAUACAAAACCCAGAACCAGUUUCUCAACUCAGAGAUCCACCAGGUUACUCGGCUGUGGACAAGUGCUGCUGAGAAUGAAAAAGCUCUUCUGAUGAAGUGUGCCUGCCUGCAAGCCCGAAACUGCCAGAUGGAGAGCAAAUACCUGACGGUCUUGCGGAAGCUGCAGGAGACUGUGCCUGGCCUGCCCAGCUCCGAUGCUGAGCUGGUGAGGAACCUCAUCCAGGAAGCACUCCAGUGGGAUGUCAAGGAAGGAGCAGAAGGUCUGAACCUGAACCCUGUGAGUGAGUAUGAUGAGUACGGGUUUAUGACUGUGCCUGACUAUGAAGUCGAGGACUGGAAACUUCUGGCCAAAAUCCAAGCCCUGGAGAUAAAGUCCAACAACCUGCGGAGCCAGGAGGUGGUGGAGAAGCCCCUCCGCGACAGGUGGAACAGUGUAGGAGAGCUGAGCCCCUCUGCAGAGCUGAAAAGCCUCAUUCGAAGCGGCAUUCCUGUGGAGCAUCGGCAGCGGGUCUGGAGGUGGAUCGUCAGCCGGCACUGCAGCCGUCUGCCGGACCACUACCAGCGGCUGUUGAGACAGAGCAAGAGCACUGAGCAUCCUGCCUGCCGGCAAAUUGAGCUUGACCUGCCCCGGACACUGACCAACAACAAAUAUUUCUCCUCUCCCACCUCCCAGCUCAUCCCCAAGCUCCGGAAGGUGCUGCUGGCAUUCUCCUGGCACAAUCCUGCUAUUGGGUACUGCCAGGGAUUGAACAGAUUGGCAGCUGUUGCCCUCCUGGUCCUGGAAGAUGAGGAAAGUGCUUUCUGGUGCCUCGUCCACAUUGUGGAGAACCUAAUGCCAGCAGACUACUACAGUGACACACUGAUAACAUCACAGGUAGAUCAGAGAGUCUUCAAAGACUUCCUGGCAGAAAAGCUGCCUCGCCUCACGGCUCAUUUUGAACAGCAUCAGAUUGAUGUCUCACUCAUCACGUUCAACUGGUUUCUGGUGGCAUUUGUGGACAGCCUGGUCAGCGACAUCCUCCUGCGAGUGUGGGAUGCCUUCUUGUAUGAAGGAACUAAGGUGAUUUUCCGCUACGCUCUCGCAAUUUUUAAAUACAAUGAGGAGGAAAUCCUAAGAAUUCAUGACAAUGUGGAGAUUUACCAGUACCUGCGUUUUUUCACAAGGAUGAUUGUGGAUGGCAGGAAGCUGAUGAACAUUGCCUUCAAUGACUUAAACCCCUUCCCCAUGAAGCUGCUCCGGAACCGGCGGACAAUGCACAGGGAAGAGCUAGAGACAGAGCUGUGCGAGCUGGAACAGAUCAAGGCAGCCUAUGUCAAAGAGAGAGCAGAGCAGGGGCCUCAGGACCUGCAGGAAGUUGUCAGUGAAGAGGAAGAAGAGAUUUAGCAGAAACAGAGUUAGUCUCCAAAAGCAACUGUCGGUAAGAGAUGGAGACAGUACAGGUGAUUACAGGUGGAGUUCAUCUGCCCCAGGAAGCAAGGCUGUAGAUACAGGACCAUUUGGGGAUUGACCCGGGCUUUGUGAUGUUGUAGGUGUUAGAUGAGUUUCAUCCUGUCCUGUACUUCUCCCCCUCCUGCCCACCCUGUCCUGUGCAAUGCAGGAAUGCAGCUGGAGAUCUGUAGGAAGCAACAGUAACAGCACCCUGACAGAAGUUGACAUGGUGCAAGUGACACAGCCAGGCAGGGCUUUUCCACCUUUUCUGAUGGAGGCUUGAAAGAGAUCUUUCUGUACAUGUAAAAUCCCCAGAAAAAA